AUGCCGAGCUUCAUCGAAAAGAUCCAAGCUAAGCUUGAGCUAUUCCGGCUCGAGCAGCGAUACACACGUAACCGCCACCGCCGCUCUGCUUUCAUCAGCAAUGCCAUCUACGUCGAUGGCGAGUACAUCUACCAGACCCCCAAUACCACGGGAUCAUCUACCAAUAGCUCCUCCACUGCUGCCUCGUCGCCAGUCGAAGAGCACAAUAGACGCCAUAGUGCUAUCGUCGAAGAGCCAAGAAGCCGUUAUAACAUGGAACCCCAGACACCGGCGCAGAAGAAGCGAUUAAACCGAUUCUCAUCAAUGCCGGGAUUUGGCUCUUCAUCAAAGAGCAGCUCUCGUGACUGGAGACCUGACGUUGUCGACGUGAACGAAGUACGAUGA